CAAAACAAGAUGGAUGAAGACUCGCCCAAAAGCAGCGAUAAUGAGGCGGAAGAUAGUAGCAGCCCACGGAAGAAGAUGAAAACCGAUGAUGAUCUACAGCAACCGUCAACGUCGGGUAUGACCGGUGCAUCAACUUCAUGCGGUAUGAUGGCAUCAACUUCCAGCGCCGUGCCAGAAAGAAGCAGCCCCACCGCAGAUCGAGCAACGGGCACUCGGCAAUGGGAGCCACUUGAUGAUACGUCGGGACGGGAGGAUGAUGAAGAUGAUGGCUUUCUCGCUGAUGCUGGUGGCAAUUCUCCCAGACCACCCAGAGCCCGCAGCGCAUCCGCUGACAGAAGUCGAGCAGAGGACGAUGAAGCCCGUUCGGAUGAUGCGUUUAUACAAAAUCUGGAGCGUUCCGUCGAACGAUUGCGGCGCAAUGUGCGCCGCCUAACCAACCGGCAUGAACGGGCACGUAAUGGUGGGGGCGAUAAUGGGACCGCCCCAAAUGCUGCCCAGGGUGGAGAGAAUCCGGCCGCCAAUAAUGGGAUAGAUCGCCCGGUAUCUAAUCGUAUAAGAAAUCAGAUUGCGAACAAUAUAGCGCAGCUGUUUGCACCCAACGUUUUCCGUGGAUAUGACACAUCCGAGGACAGCAUCGAUAGCAUCGAUGCGGUAGAGAAUGGCGAGAAUGACGAGGAGGACAAUAGGUCGUUUUUGUACGACGGUGAAAACAGCUCGGAGAGUGAUUCGUCUUCGGCCACUUCUUCCUCUUCAUCUGCCAUAUCGUCCAGCUCGGAAAGUUACCCGUCCUAUGGACACACAAGUGGUUCCGAGUACGAGCUCGCAGAAUUUGCUUUGCGAGAUGAUGUGAAUGUGGACACACUCGACUGUCUUAAGACCAGCUCCGUAAAGUGCAAAUGGAAUGUAGUGCGCGAUUUAUGUCAGCGACAGCACGGUGUCCAGUUCCGCCAGACACCCGCCACCGUCGGUAGAUUCUAUCCGAGCCAAUUCCAAAAACGUGCCUACGGUUCGGUUAAUCUGGUGCAACGGUUGGGCCUGAUGCACAAGCUCGUGCACCAUCAGGGUUGCGUGAACUGCCUAAACUUCCACCCGAACGGCAAACUGUUGGCCAGCGGUUCGGACGAUCUGCGCAUCAAUCUGUGGAACUGGGAAACGAAGAAGCUGCUAAAGUCUAUUCGCAGCGGACACAAGAACAAUGUCUUCCAGGCCAAGUUUAUGGUCUGCGACGGGUAUCGGGACAGCGAUCUUGAGCUUAUCUCGACCGGACGGGACGGAUGUGUGCGCCACACGAUCGUCGCACCAUCUGGUCAAUCCACCACGAAACAGAUCUUCCGUUCCCCGCACGCGAUCCAUAAGGUCGCCACCUUACCGGCCCGCAACGGUCAUGUGUUCCUGAUGGCCGGGGAAGAUGAAACCGUUCGCAUGUGCGAUAUGCGCCAAGGCAAGGUCCAAACAGUGGUCGAAGUUGGAAAGCGGCUGUACAGCAUCGCAACGCAUCCAUUCGGUUCGGAGUUUUGUGUGGCCGGUAAUGGGAGUUGCGUGCAGGUGUACGAUCUACGAUAUGCCCAGAACCCUAAGAUAAUGCUGGCCCCGAGUGAACCGAUUGUAAGGCCACUGCACGCGAGCAUUACAUGUGCUGUGUACAACCACGUUGGGUCAGAGAUUUUGGCCAGCUACAGUGAAGGCGAUAUACAUCUCUUUAAGCUGGAUCCAUCCGAUCGACAUGUGGUGUCUUCGAUACGGUUCCGGGGACAUUGCAACAUCAAAACCAUUAAGGGUGUUAGUUUCUUUGGACUCCAAUCGGAGUACGUGGCGAGUGGUAGCGACUGUGGCUACAUCUACUUGUGGGAGAAGAGCAGCCAAACCAUCGUUAACUGGCUGCGCAGCAAUCCGGGCGAUGUAGUGAACUGUCUCGAACCGCACCCGGAGUUCCCGAUACUGGCCAGCUCGGGGGUGGAGGAUGAUGUUAAAAUUUGGGUUCCUAAGGGACUAAUGGAUGACCAGCAGGCACCGUUGUUCGAGCCAAACGAUUUGAAGCGUUAUGUACGCCGCAACCUUGACCACCGGCGGAACACAUAUCGAGCAGAUUUUGGGUUGCGGGUGGCACCACUGUCUCGCUUCUUUCCGACCCUAACGUAUCGGCGCCAUUCGCUCAAUCGAUUUAAUCGAGAUGAUGGGGUCGACCCAUUGAAUGACGACUAUGGUCGGUCGCGGCUCGAUUGUAGCCCUUCGUAA